ACAGGUCAUUAACAACGAGGGACGAGCAUACCGCAUGUCUCUACAACGCAAAAUUCCGACAGCAAACAUGUCAUUGGCCUAUAUGAUGUUCUUGUCAAAGCGCGGCUGUCGACUAUAUCUGGGCAUUCUACAUAUUGCACCAACAAGGCCCGCUCCCACCACCGCUUCACCGCUUCAGCACUCGCCUUUGCCUCGAGCAUGUCCCAAACAUGCAUCCUACGACACUGGUCUACCCAGUCGUCUGAACUAAGAGUGUGUGCAAGAUAAUGACAGAUGUUGAUCGGUGGUUCGUUGCCGUGCGCUGCCACGAUGAUGGAUCCAUGAGAAACCUGAAAAAAAGUUCAUUGCACAGGAGAUAUAGGCGCGUCGCCCAAGCAGGACCCGCGAUGUAUGCGCAUACUACGCGAUGACUGUUUUGACGUUGGUGGAUACCAUCU